AUGUACCCUGUAGCGCCUACGAAGAUGAACUUGCACGAAGUACACCACAGUACAGUGUACCUCCCGGUGGAGAAACAGGAGGAAACGACCACCAAUCAACCAACACAAUCGCCAAACGAGCAAGCCCGGAAGGAGCUCCCCCACCAGCCCCACCCCGAAACGGCGCUGAAGAAAUCCAAGUCAAAAAUUCACCUUCGCAUCUCAACGUCCACCGCUUCUCCUCGCCGCAACGAAACCUCCAACCUCGACCCAAAUACGACCGACGCCAUGUCUCUCGACACCUCAACCUACUCCCUCGCCCUCCUCCGCGUCGACGGCCGCCGGUGGAACGAGCUCCGGAGACUCAAUGGCCAGAUCCGAACCCAGCACGCCUCGGACGGCUCGAGCUACCUCGAGAUGGGCCAUACAAAAGUCAUGUGCGUCGUGACGGGUCCUCACGAAGCGCCGAGGAAAGGUGGAGCGACACAAUCGGGCCACGCCCAAGUCAGCGUCAACAUUGUGAUUGCGGGCUUUAGUUCUGUGGAUCGGAGGAAGAGAGCCCGGAACGACAAGCGCACUCAAGAACUCGAAGCCACCAUCUCAAACGCCCUCACCGCCUCCCUCCACACCCACCUAUUCCCCCACAGCACAAUCCACGUAUCCCUCCACGUCCUCUCCCAAGACGGCUCCCUCCUCGCUGCCCUCAUCAACGCGUCCACCCUCGCCCUCGUCGACGCCGGCAUCCCCAUGACCGACUACAUCGCCGCCUGCACGUCGGGUUCCACGUCCACCUACGCCGCCGAGGACGACUCGGCCGAUCCGCUCCUCGACCUUAACUUGCAAGAGGAGCAGGAGCUGCCGUUUUUGACCGUGGCCACGCUGGGCGCCAGCGACAAGGUCGUUGUUGUCGUGUGUGAGAGUAGGGUUCAGGUGAGCAGGUUAGAGGGCCUGUUGGCUGUGGGCGUGAGCGGCUGCAGGCAGGUGAGGCAGUUUAUGGACCAGGUAGUGAAGGAGAAGGGUAGCGAAAUGAUAUAG